AUACCAACACUAGCAGGAAAACGCGCAGCAGCCGCAUAGCAUGACGUGGAAGGUGCAAUAGCCAAUGAACCCUAGCCAACAAAUCUGGUAUUAAUGGAGCAUGGCCGACGGGGAUCACAGGUGCCAAGGAGAAUUUGCGAAACCUGGUCAGAUGAGAUGGAUCGUGAUAUGAUAAGAACAAGACAUGUGCUCAUCCGAAAACGUAGUUACGUACUCCUUCCUUGUCAUGUGACUAAUGUUUGGAUUUUGUCAUUCGUCAAAGUCGUUUGUUACGUUUAUCUACAUCAUUACCCUAACGCACGAAACGCAGGCAGAGCGCAUGUUGCACAUUUAAACAUAUCUGUGACAUGCGUUGUGUCAGUGUCUCGUGUCAGCAAGACAUGCCUUCGUCGACACACCAUGCUAAAGACUCCACAGAUUCAGUGACACUAAAAAAUACCACUGCGAUUGCGAGAAGUUAUGCAAGAGCUAGCUGCACCAAGCACUUUAUGGAACGUGGAGACGGCAUGCAGAGUUUCGAGGUCCCGAUAUGAAGGGGACAUGGAAAAGAACGCAGAUUGGUAUGGCCAGCUCUGCUGCUUCUCGAGGUUGUUAACAUGUCCAGCAGGAUGAACAGGAUCGUGAUCCUGGUAUAAAGGUUCGUCUCGUUUUGCUUG